AUGCCCCACAAGUCAUUGUGGCCGCCACGGCGAGCCACCAUCCACAAAUGGGUUAGCGCCAGAGGGUUCACAUUUUCCACCCACAAACUCGCUAGCGGCGUUCACAAAGAUUUCCAACAUUUUGGGCGAGCAUCACCAUCCGUGUCUUCCUUUCCUCUCCACACCCAACCAGACACCACUGCGAGAGUCACGAUGUCGGCGAAACCCACGACCAAGAAGUUCGGAAAGUCGACCCGGGUGGUUCCCGCUGCCUCGGAGAAGGCCAAGAAGUGGUACAACGCCGAUGAUGAGUGCGAGCCCAAGAAGGUCCGCAAGGCCGUCCGUCCUUGGACUCCUCGCUCCACCCUCCAGCCCGGCACAGUCCUAAUCAUCCUCGCUGGUCGCUUCCGUGGCAAGCGCGUCGUCCUCCUCAAGACCCUCGACCAGGGUGUCCUCCUCGUUACCGGCCCCUUCAAGAUCAACGGUGUCCCUCUGCGACGAGUCAACUCCCGAUACGUCAUCGCCACAUCCUACAAGGUCAACGUCUCCGGGCUGGAUGAGAAGAAGAUUACGGAGAUCUCCCAGCCCAAGUACUUCACCGCCGAGAAGGCCAAGGACAAGGCUGGUGAGGAGGCUUUCUUCCAGCAGGGAGAGAAGCCCGAGGUGGCUCUGCAGAAGAAGAAGAUCAACAGCAGCCGCGCUGCUGACCAGAAGGCCAUCGACAAGGCCCUGCUCGCCAACAUCAAGAAGGUCGACAUGUUGGCCAGCUACCUCGGCAGCUCCUUCAGCUUGCGAAAGGGUGACAAGCCCCACGAGAUGAAGUGGUAA